AUGGCUCAAAGUCUCAACAUUACGCCAACGCCUUCUGGCCCGGGUUCAACACCGGUGUCUUUAAAAGCAUUACAGCGCAUCGUGACGUGUAUCGAGGACAACCACCUUCAACCCAAAAGCUUUAUCAAAGCUUGGUUAUCAUCCAGCGAUCCGGAAAUUGUGAAGUCUCGAAGCAGGUGGGCUACGGGUGUUGGUAUUGAGUCGACUGGCAGAUUACUUAGUGUCAUCGGAGACAUCCUUGUGAAGAACAAGGGAGGUCGGGAGUUUUGGGAGGAGUGGGUUUUAUCUCAGGCGAUUAUUUUAGCCAAGAACCAACAGCCACCGUCUGGUAGCGUUCCCAACGGUUUCUACAUCAAUACCUCAAAGGUGACACCUUCGAUGUUUGAUAUGGCCGUUGUACACGAACGAGACAAUAUCCUUGAGAGUUCGAUGCCUUUCUUAUACAAUCUAAUUCAAUCAGUAUUUACUCAUAAUCUAGAGGCACAAGUGCAAGCAGCAGAUCUACGAAAAUCAAAGCAUAAAACUUCUAAUCCAUCUUUGAAGUCCAAUUCUUCUAGCCAAUCGAAAAAAACUCAUCAUGCUAUUGAUCAAGAUCUCAAUCAUUUAGGCUCAGAUGAUGAAUCCUUAGAAAACUCCGACGUUAGACCACUGGUGGAUCAAGAUGUUCGUGACAUGGAAGCUUCAACCUUGGCCGAUGAUAACAAAUAUGUACAUAGCUGGGACGGCUCUGUUUUGAAAAAAUUGGGUGAUCAAGCACAAAACAUCAAGAAUUGA